AUGCGACCAACAGAAGUAAAAUUAAACAAUCCGCCCGAGGAUGCUAUAUCUGCGGUAAAAUUUGGCCCAAAAACUAACCAAUAUCUUAUCGCAUCUGCCUGGGAUGGCACGGUCAGGUUCUACGACGUCGUCAACAAUGCCAUGCGCCAGAAGUUUGUCGAGGAUAUGCCCGUUAUGGAUGUUGCAUUCAUGGACAUAGUGCAUGUCGUAAGUGGUUCACUGGACAAACAAUUACGUUUGUACGAUGUAAAUACGCAUACCGAAAGCAUUGUUGGUACGCAUGAUGAUGCUGUAAGCUGUGUUGAAUAUGCUGAAUCUGUAAAUGGCAUAUUGACUGGCAGUUGGGAUAAAACAAUUAAAUUGUGGGAUAUGCGGGAGAAACGUUGCGUUGGCACYUUCGAACAGAGCAACGGCAAAGUGUAUUCAAUGUCUGUGAAUGAUGAGAAAAUCGUUGUGGCCACGUCCGAUCGCAAAGUUCUGAUUUGGGAUCUGCGAAAAAUGGAAGAAUAUAUGAUGAAACGUGAAUCAUCGCUCAAAUAUCAAACACGUUGCAUUCGACUGUUUCCAAAUAAAGAGGGGUAUGUGAUGUCUUCAAUUGAAGGACGCGUUGCUGUAGAGUAUUUGGAUCCUGAUCCAGAAGUACAAAAGCGAAAGUUUGCUUUCAAGUGUCACCGRAACAAAGAGGAUAGCAUUGAACAUAUUUAUCCAGUAAAUGCAAUUAGUUUCCACAACGUUUAUAAUACCUUUGCGACGGGCGGAUCAGAUAGUUUGGUGAACAUAUGGGAUGGUUUUAACAAAAAGCGUCUGUGUCAAUUCCAUCAAUAUGACACKUCUAUCUCAUCGCUAAACUUCAGUCAUGACGGUAGCACAUUAGCUAUUGCCUGUUCAUAUAUGGAUGAGUUUGAGGAACCACCUGCCAAUGUGCCAAAUCCUGUUAUUUAUGUGCGUUAUGUAACUGAUCAAGAAACUAAGCAGAAAUAAAUUAUAAUGGAUACAAGUCUUGUUAUAUGAUAAUUUUAUGAAAUUUUAAUGGAAUGCUCUAAUACUGGUCCAUUUGUUUGAAUAUGCUGUAAUAUUUAUACCCACAUCGCACUUUUAUUUGAAAAUAUAUGUUUGGCUUUUGGAGUAACGCCGACUAACAUAAGUU